AUGAGAUUGCCUCUCGUUGGUGUGGCCAUCGGCCUGCUUUCUUCCUCUGCCGUCGUGACAGCUCAGACAUACACUGACUGCAACCCACUGCAGAAGACUUGCCCUCCGGAUCCCGCUCUGGGGAGAUCAGUCACCUACGACUUCACCAAAGGCGCGUCUUCCGACUUCAACCCAAAUGGAAGCCCCACCUACGACAGCAAUGGUGCUGCUUUCACUGUGGCCAAGCAGGGUGAUGCCCCGCUGAUCCAGUCCAACUGGUAUAUGAUGUUUGGUCACGUCGAGUUCGUGAUCAAGACCGCACCAGGCAAGGGCAUUGUCAGUAGUGCAGUUCUGCAGUCUGAUGACCUGGAUGAGAUUGAUUGGGAAUGGCUCGGAGCAAACAAUCUGUAUGUGCAGACCAACUACUUCGGAAAAGGAAACACUGGCAGCUACAAUCGCGGCGCUGUCCAUGACAAUGCUGGAAACCAGGAUGCUUUCCACACCUACACAAUCGACUGGACGAGCACGCAGAUUGUUUGGCAAAUUGAUGGCAAGACUGUCCGGGUUCUCACUGCUGAGACUGCCGGGGAUAAUUACCCUCAGAGCCCAAUGAUGGUCAAGGUUGGUGUGUGGGCUGGUGGUGAUCCCAACAAUGCGCCAGGCACAAUUCAAUGGGCUGGCGGCCAAACCGACUACAGCGCGGGUCCUUAUACAAUGUACCUCAAGUCGCUCGUGGCGACCGACUACUCGACGGGUAAAUCGUACACUUAUAGCGACAAGAGUGGCUCGUGGCGGUCCAUCACCUCCGAUGGAGGUCAAAUCAAUGGUAAUAGUGCCGCUGAGUCCAUUUCAACUGUCGAGUCUGCCCCUCCUGUGACCGCGACAAUUGACAGUGCUCCUAUUCCUUUCAGUGGCACGCACCGUGAGACGUCGAGCUUUGUAACCCCGAGUAUCUGGCCCUGGGUUCCCAAGCCUACCACUUUGUCGUCCUCUGUCGCGAAGCAGACGACUCUGCCCAGUGGCUGGACCUUUUCCGGAUCUCGACAAGUCCAGCCGCCCAGUGCGGCUUCUAUUAGCACUUUUGGCUCGACUCUUCCCUCAUUUUCCGCCUCGAUUGCACAUGUUGCCCCGACCGUUGCCGCGGCCAAUGACCUGCUAGAGGCACCCGUCGGAAUGGGCGUUUUGUGUGCGCUUCUUGGCGGCCUGAUGGCAAUCUUUUGA